CAGCCAGACCACGUUACCAACACUGAGCAUGCGUGGAUCAACAGCAACCGCAACAUGGCUGAGCUUGGACAGAAACACGCGCUGGAGAUGGUCCGGACGGAUGGAGCAGAUGAGGGUUGUGUGACAUUUGUGCUCAAUGAAGAGGAUCACACACUUGGAAACUCCCUCAGAUACAUGAUCAUGAAGAGUCAGGACGUGGAAUUCUGUGGAUACAGCAUCACACACCCAUCAGAAAGCAAAAUCAACUUCAGGAUACAGACGCGAGAUGGAGUUCCAGCUUCAGAACCGCUGCGCAAUGGCUUGAACAAUCUGACAGAUGUCUGCAAACAUGUAUUGCAAACGUUUGAGGCACGGAUGAAAGAAUUCAAGGAGCAAGAAGAAUCCAUGACAUGAAGAGCAAUACUUGGUGAACGCUGAAGUUGUAGAAAUGUUUUGUAGAAAUGAUUUUGUAUGUAUGAACUUCUAUAUCAGUGAGAUUUAUUUUUGUGAGCAUGUGGACACUGGUAAAUUGUCAUGCAAUGUUGUCAUAAUAAUAGCAACAGAAUAUUUAUUUCAGAAUAUCAAAACAAUGCUAUAAGAUCAAAAAUUAAUAAUGUUUUUAAAAUGAUGCAUCAAAUGAGGAAUAUUAUCUGUUUUGAAUGCAGAU